GUCAUCAUCCCAGCCAGCCAGCCAGCCUCUACUAAACACUGAGCUCUGCAAGCUCACGUGCACCACUCACCACUGUCCGCUCUCCACUCUCGGUCGAGCUCCCAAAGCAAUGGCAACGCCGCUCCUCCUCCCACUCGCCACUCUCUUGACGCUCGUCGUCUCCGCAGCCGCCGCGGCAUGCUCGGAGUCCGACCGGGACGCGCUGCUCUCGAUCCGGGCGGCACUCUCAGACUCCAACAACCUGGGCGUCUUCUCCACGUGGAACCACACCACAAACUGCUGCUCCACAUACUACGGCGUGAGCUGCGACCCAGCCACGGGCCGGGUCACCUCCCUGAUCCUCCGCGGCGAAGCGCCCCUCGACGCCGUCAUGGCGCUCUCGGGCAUCCCAGCGUCCGGCCUCAUGUCAGGCUACAUCUCCGACCGCGUCUGCAUCCUCACGGGCCUCUCGACACUCGUCAUCGCCGACUGGAAGCAGAUCUCCGGCCCAAUCCCGGCCUGCCUGGGGGCCCAAUCGCUCCCGGAGCUCCGAGUCCUCGAGCUCCCGGGCAACCGCCUCUCGGGGGAAAUCCCCCCGGCUCUCGGAACCCUCUCCCGCCUCGCGGUGCUCAACCUCGCGGAUAACCUCUUAUCCGGCAACAUCCCGAGCGAGAUUACUAACCUGGGCUCGUUAAAGCACCUCGACCUCGCGAACAACGAGCUCACGGGGUCAAUCCCGGCGGAAUUCGGGAGCCUGAAGAUGCUGAGCCGUGCUCUGCUCAGCCGGAACCGGCUCUCGGGGACGAUCCCGUCCUCCGUCGGGUUACUAACCCGGCUCGCCGACCUCGACCUCGCCGAGAACCGGCUCAGCGGCCCGAUCCCGGACACCCUCGGAACCUCCGGGAAGAAGAACGGCGUGCUGACGUCGCUGUACCUGGGCGGGAACGGCGGCAUCUCGGGCCGGAUCCCGGCGGGAUUGCUGAGGACGAAAGGGCUCGGGAUCGUCAACCUGAGCCGGAACGCCGUGGAAGGCCCCAUCCCGGACGUGUUCACGAAGGACUCGUACUUCAUCUUGCUUGACCUGUCCCGGAACCGGCUGACGGGCGGCGUGCCGCGGUCGCUCUCCUCGGCGGCGUACGUGGGGCACCUUGAUCUUAGCCGUAACCGGCUUUGUGGGGAGAUCCCGAGGGGCCCGCCGUUCGACCGGCUCGACGCCGAGUCCUUCGCCGGGAACAGCUGCCUCUGCGGGGGCCCGCUCGGCAAGUGCACGUAAACGUACGAGUCUUCCGGUGAUUUGGCGACGGCCGCGUGGUGUACCGUGCAGUAACGACGUACUCCGUACUGUAUAGAGGUGUGUGUACGGUCUGCACGUACCAACGGUUGUGUGUACGACUACUUGUGUGUGUGUUUCGUAUACGAGUUAACCUGGGUUGCUAAUAGGUUUGGGUAUAGAACAAGUCAAGAAGACAAAUUGUACUGGCGUUUCGUGUGAGUGACCGACGAAUUAGCGGCGAGGAAAAUGAAACUCCCCUGGCCUUCUUUUCUCUUCGUUUCUUUUCUUCUCCCUUUUUUUUACUAGUGAUUUGUUUUCUUGGCUAUCAGAGUGCAGCUGCUUCGAAAAAGUGGACUGCAUCAAGUUAAAAGUCUGUGCAGCAUAUGAUCAGGGAGUGUGAUAUCUUGUCCUA